UCUGCAUUGGCAUGCUGCUGCUUAUAUAUGAAGGCGUCCGGAGGAUGCUAGACCAGACAGUCAUAUACGCGUACAACUACAGCUCUCUCUCAGUUUCAUUUAUAUCCAUCUCCAUAUUGCAUACGAUGAACCUUCGGCGGCGUCCACCUUCUCCUCCUCUCUCUCCUCUUGGUUUCGGCUUCGUUCCACCAUAUCCCUGGAUUGACGACCAAAGUGAGCAAAGCGAAUCACAUGUUUCCGAUCUACCCAAUGGUCUGCCCUUGGAUGAUAUGGAAAUAGCGCCUUUUGCAGGGGUUAUUGAUGUGGAUGAAUUUCUUGACGCACUUCCGAUAGGUGAGUCUCUGGGCGUUUCUGGCAGUGUUCCUUCGGACGAAGUUGGUGUAUAUAAUCCCAACCUGAGCCCUGUGUAUGAACUUUCACAGAGAAACGAGGAUCUCAGCCCAGGUAAUUCUGACGUCCUGCUUUUGAGAGGACAGUGGUUUCCGGACGCAAAUUCGGGACAUUCUACUAUAACCCAUAUCAAGUCAGAACCGCGGUCAGUGUGCUCCAGUUUCCGUGAUGACAUCGCCGAUGAUGAUCAGCUACCGAAUCCUACUCUCGACCUUCCCCAAGGAGAUCUUCUUACACAGGAGAAUCUGGCCGUGCUGAACUGGCAGGCCGCAACAAUGCAAGCGAAUCUGCAACCACCACCACUGACGGAUCGGCCUGGAAUGUAUAAUCAGCAGGUUUCCGAUGGCCAGACUCCCAAUUGCAUUAAGCCAGAAAUUUCUGACCUUCAAGGGGUUCAUGACUCUCCCGAACCAUGGCGGUCAGUUGGUAUAAAGGCUCCUGGGUAUUAUGACAUUACCUGCCCUCGCUGUAGGUACCAGAUCCCACUCAAGGUUAAAACUGUACACUCGUCCAGUGUCGCUGAAACAGUAGCACCGGGCGAUCUCUUCGGCAUGAAUCUGGAGCGGGAUCUGGAACAUAGUGGUAUGUUCUUCAGUAACCACGCUCCUGAUGUAAAGGCUGCUUCGACACCAAACAACUGGGACGACCUUAUUGCAGCGCUUUCUACUAGAAAUGAGACUGUAUAUUCAAUCUCUCUGGACACAUUCAGCACUCUGCAAAUGGUGUACAGAAAUGCACGCGACCACUCCUCAAUAGUUGAAAAGAUUCUCCCCAUAAUGCACGGGGAAGAGGCAAUCGAGAAGAGAACAAGGGUAAGGUUUAGUAACAUGAAUCCAUUUUCCGAAGACCUCAUCCUCCAACACGCUAAUCCCGAUUUCUAUGAUGGAGGCGACCAUGACCAGCUGGAUGCACGCAUCCGGAACCAAAUGCGGCACUAUCUCCUCCCAACGGAUGGAAAUCAUCCCCUUGCUCCAAACUUUUUCCUGAUAGCAAGGGACUCCGAUUUCCCUCCCGCCGCGGCUCGACGACUAGCCCUUUAUGACGGCACUACCGGUGCUCGAGCCAUGCGUGUCCUGCAGUCGGUUGAGCGAGAUUUGCCGUACGACGGCAACGCGUAUACGAUUACUUCGACGUAUGUUGACGGGAUGCUCAGAAUGUACGCGGUGCACCCCGUCCACAUAUCCGAGUACUUCAUGGUAGAGCUGGGGGCCUGGUACCUGUGGGGAUCUUUGGGAGAGUUCCACGCGGGGGUCAGUGCUUUCAGAAACCUUAGAAUGUGGGCUCGGAACCAGCGAGACCGGCUGAUGCAGGAGGCAAAUUCCCGAUUAUCAUUACAUGCGCCCGGGGCGCUAGUAGUUUCGUUAUCUAUGAAUGCCAAACCCGAGGACGUUCCUGGUGAAUGGGCAGAGGCUCCAGCUCAUGUUGAAGAAUCCCCGGAGGAAGGGCAUGUCGUUCCCGAAAGCGAUGGCAACAAUCUCUCCCAAGAAACCGAAGGUGAAGGAUCACCCCGACAUAAUAAUAGUAAUAAUAGUCCAUCCAAAGACGCCGGCAAUGAGCACGACGAGGCUGGUUCGCAGACGAUCGACCACAACCCAAGGAAGAGGAAAGAAUCACCUUUAGCAUCUGUCCAGCCAGAUUCCGCGUCCGGCACCUCGGGGUCUGAGUCUGGCGACUCGACCGAUGAAGAGAAAGCUCGUCCUCAAAAGAGGUCUCGAAGCAGUUCCACUGAGCCGUCGGAGCCUGCAUGGAGACCUAUCCGCAGAGGCACGGCGGUUUUAUAA